AGCGCGCAUGUUGCUCGGGUGUUUAUUAAGUGAAUUAUCCAUGGUGAUAAGAGGCUCGGUGUCGGAGGACAUGUUACUGUAUAUAAAAAGGUGUUCGGUACCAACACACACCCCGCCGGUGCAAGCCGUGGACCGCUUGGACACGUUUCCUCCCGUUUGCACGGUGGAGGAGCUGUGACGCGUUUAGAUCACCAAUGCAAAUGAGACUUACUACCCCUUCCUCCUCCCUCCUCCUCCUCCCCAUCACCUCCUCUCUCCCUCUCUCCUUCCCUCGCUCACACACACACCAACACACACACAUACUGUCUGUGCUUUAUAUCGCCGUGCCAGCCUUUCAGAGCGACGGGAGAGCAGCACUGGCUGGCAGAAAGAGAGAGAGAGAGAGAGAGAGGGAAGGAGAGAGAGAGAGCUUAUAUAACACCAGCUCUGGGAAAUGCUGGAGAGCCGAGGAGACCUUCACUGGACACUAAGCGGGGGAAACGGCUCGGAUCAUCACGGCCGUGGAUUGAUAAGUGUUCGCGCAACACAAGGAUGCCGUGCGUACCACUCCACUGCUGAAGCCUCUCCCCAAGGAUCAUCCUGGAGUCAGCGGCCACAGCCUUGGAUAUUAAAUCCCUCUGUUGUGACACAUCCAUUGUUCCACUGCUGCUAUUGGACUCUGUGGCGAGGAAGGACCAAGACACAAUGUCUACAGCGCUGCCAGAUGCUGCAGGUCUUUCCAAGAUUAUGAAGUUACUGCACUGCCUCUUGAAGCGGGCUCAGAUGCUGCUGCUCUGCCUGGGCAUCGCCUAUCUGAUGGCAGGCAGCAUCCUGCUCCUGCAGCGCUCCAGCAUCAGAGUAGCUCAGCCAAACAUCGCCAGCCUGCCGCCACUGCUGUCUCUCGCAGCGCCUCCCACGGCCCUCAGGACUACCAGUCUGGGCGUGAGGGCACGUUCCAGAUGGGCUGCCAUUCAGCCUGUGUCUGGAGGGGGAGCCAAGGCAGGACGACACUGGCCCACAUCCCAAAGCCUGGGGGUCCAACACUUGCAUCGCCACUGGUUUCACAGUCUGCUGCCAGAGAGUCCAGAGCAGAGAGCCCCUCUCCACAGGAGCAGCCGACAUAAAGGGACCUACAUCGGUUGCUUUCUGCACAACGCCAGCGAUCGAGCCCUGGGAGGAACUAUGCUUUAUGACCUGCGCAAAAUGACCAGUUCUCUGUGUCAAGACACCUGCUCAGAAAGUGGGUACCAGUUUGCAGGUCUGGAGUAUGGAGCUGAAUGCCACUGUGGGAACCGGAUCAGUAGCCCACGAGCUCCUGAGGAGGAUUGUAGUCUGGUGUGUCGGGGUGAGAGGGGGUCUCCCUGUGGCGGAGUGGGCCGACUCUCCAUUUACAAGGUGGAGGAGCAGCUGCCGGGACACAGAAAAUUCAGAAACGUUCACUACCGCGGUUGCUUCAAGUUGCCGAAGAGCACCAUCAGCACCUUCCCCAUCUCCUCCCUUCAGCCCAACCUAACCACGCAGUCCUGCAUCGAGACCUGCACAGAUAAGGAGCUCCCACUGGCUGUGUUCAAGAAACCCCACUGUUUCUGUACGUGGACGUCCUCGCUUUUCAAUCUCAACCAGCAGUCUGACAACCAGCAUUGCGCGGGGAACUACACCGGCACCUCCGCGCCGACAGCAUCCACCGAGCACGAACACUUCCAGGUGUAUCACACGCCUGUGCUUGACUCCAGGUGCAAAGAGAGGAUGUUUCUGCCUCAGAGAUCCAGCUCCCUUGUGGCUCUUUCUAGUUUUCCUGGUGCGGGGAACACCUGGGUACGGCACCUGAUCGAGCUCGUGACUGGCUACUACACUGGCAGCUUCUAUUUCGACGGCACGCUCUACAACAGAGGUUUCAAAGGAGAGAAGGACUACUGGAAGAGUGGCCGCAGCGUAUGCGUGAAGACUCAUGAGAGCGGUCAGAAGGAGAUUGAGAUGUUCGAUUCUGCCAUCCUGCUGAUAAGAAACCCUUACCGCUCUCUCAUGGCCGAAUUCAACCGCAAGUGUGCCGGACAUCUAGGACACGCCACAGACGCGCAGUGGAAAAGCAAAGAAUGGCCAGAAUUUGUCUCCAGCUACGCCCCCUGGUGGGCAUCCCACGCUCUGAGCUGGCUGAAGUUCGGACGCCGCCUGCUGGUGGUGCACUACGAGGAGCUGCAGCGGGCUCUCCUCCCGCAGCUGCGUCUCAUCGCUGCCUUCCUGAACGUCACUCUGACCGAGGAGAGGCUGCUCUGCGCCCAGAGCAACCAGGACGGACAUUUCAAACGCUCGGGGCCGCAGCGGCCCCCCUUUGAGCCGUUCACCGCUGACAUGAGACAGAUGAUUGACCCCUUCAUUCACACCGUUGACCAGGCACUGCAGAGCAGGAACUUUAGCAGGCUUCCACGAGAAUACCUCCCCAGAUGAUGAUCUGAAAAGUCAUACGUGCGGUCUUUUAACUGACUGGUCCUGCAGGGGAUUGUAGAGAGAAGUGCUCUGUGGGGGAACAGACACGAGCUGGUUGUCGUCAAGUGGACUGUCUGACUCUGUGUUAAGCCAGACGCUCUGUAAUUGGCUGUAGGGUCAUGGAAACACACCGUUUGUCACAGGAGAAAACACAACAGCUCGAUGUGAAAUCCAAUGGUGAACAGCGAUGACAGGGACCGCCUCUGUCAGAGCCACAAAUAUGACAAAUGCUCAGCAAGGAUUUGACUUGAUGUGUUGGCCUGCAGAGAUGGGAUUAUCUAAGUGCCCAAAUAUGAGCGUGUAAAUCCAGAACGGACUCAUUUCGGCUCGACGAGGGUUUUCUGUGGCUUUAUAAUUUCACUUUAGUACAUAUAUUGUGUUUUUAGCAUACAGUGAACCCAUUUAAAAAAAAGUUACAAGUCAUACUAACCUAGAUGACAUCACCCAGAUUAUACUGUGGAGAUCCAGAUUUGCAGUCAUGAUGGAUAAAAGCCUCGAAGCUGCGGCAUGCGGCUCUGAAGGCUCUUUAUAUGAACUCAGAAAUAUUGUUUUGUGCUUUCCGCUUCAAACUGUAAAUGAACUCCAGCCGUUUCUAUGAAUUUUAUUUCAUUAAAUGCAUUCAGUUGUUUACGCAUUA